GAAGAUAAAACGUGUGGAUUUACAAUGGAUGAAAUGUCGGAGAGAAAAAGAGGGUUUUCACUUGACAAAGACAAUUACUGGGUCAACACAAGUGAACAAGCACAAGUGAGGGACUUGACUCAAGUGAAUUUGUACAAUUUGGUCUUAAAAGUGUGUUUGACCCAAAACAUGAUACGACUACCAAUCAGUUUGAAAGCACUGGAGAGCAAACACAAUAGGCUUGAGAAUUUGAGCCAACUUGUCAAUUUAAAAGAACUUGUAUACAAUAGAUUACCACCAUCGUUGCCAAGUUUAGAAAAACUGACUCUGGAAGGUGUUGAAGAGAAAAGAGGUGCUUUGGAGAUGCCACGCUUGAAGGUUCUCUUUAUGAAAAAAUGCUUUUUACAUGGAGACUGUCUUGAAAUGGACUUGACUAGAUGCGACUCAUUGCUGCAAAUUUAUUUUGGAGGAUGUGUGAUCAAAAAAGUGUUGUUUCCACCAUCAGUAAAAGCACUUCAGUUCAACAAUGAAAACAACGCACCAUUAAAGCUGAAAACACUACCAAAAAUGCCAAAUAUCGGUCAAUUGAAAUUGAAGCUGUUUACAACAAAGAAUGUGACAAAGUGUCGUUCUCCUAUGACCCUCGAUAUGAGUAUGAUGGCAAGACUGGAUGUAGCACCCGGCUGUGUGACUAAUGAGUUCCAAUUUAAAGAGAAAAUGGCCACGUUGAAAAACAAGAAUGGAACAACUCCAAAAGACAAAGAAAUGCUCGAGGAGAGAGUUAUGGGAAAUUACAACACGUCGGCCGCCAAUGUUAAUAACACACUAAGCAAUACAAUACAACCUUCACAGUUAUUACCACUUUCUCAAUCAUUACCACAAGUUCAAACAACAACCACACAACCACUUAGGUUGUGGGAAUUUGAGAAAAAUGAACAACAACGAACAGUUUUAAGUCGAUUAGAAGACUUGAAAGCACAAUUCACGACUUUUCAAAAGAAUAUAGAUCGGUAUAGAAAUAUGAUCAUUUUGUACAAAAGGAAGAUUGAAGACGAGAUGAAAACAUGCCCAAAAGGGUAUGUUGGGCAGUCAAUAAAGAAUUACGAAGCAGAGAUAUCUCGUUGUGAAGCGGAGAUCAAAACGGAAACUAAGAAGCAAGAUAAGGUCAAAACAUAUAUUGUGAUGAAACAAUUUGAACUCGACAAUUAUUUGGCACAAGAAAGAAGGGUCCACUACGACAGAGCACAUUACCAACCACCAUCUCUUGUUCCUAGAAGUCGCAGAAGUCGCGUGACAACAAACCCAAAUGUUUCAAUUCAAUUGAAUAGACACUCAACAAGCUUUAAACAACCACCAACAGUACCUUUACAAAACAGAGUCGACAGAACAAAUAGCAUUAUAAGUCGGGAAUACUAUGAAUCAAAUCACACUCAUGUUGAUACAAUAACUGUACAAAGUAGUGACUCAAGUAGAACAAUCAGUGAACAGCGAGACACUCCUCGAAGUAUUCCAAAAAUUAGUUUACUUAUAUCAACACCUCGAGGUGUGCAAAAGUCUCAACAACAGACUCAUAAGUUUUCAGCAGAGUCUACACUAAUUCAAAUGGACCAAUCACUAAGAAAAAUAGAUCCUCAACAAAAUUUGGAUGAGGGAACUCAACGUAAAGAGGAUGAAGCGGUGACAAUUCAAAUGAAAGUUGAUGAGUUUAAGAAUGGGGAAGAAUACAAGAAAGGCAUGGAAGAGUUGUUGAAGAGCAAUGUCGACGAUUGGGUACCCGAAAUAGAGGUGAAAGAUAUUGCUUUAAUUCCAAGGGAGAAGGAGUACAGAUUUUUGAAAUGUGUCGAUGAUGUGGUUGAUGUGUGUAUUUAA